UAAAUAAUUUCCUAUUCUGUGAGCGGAUACCCCCACUUCCUCUACCUUCCUCAGUCUUUCCCGCGUCAAUAAGGAAACAGUUCUUCCUUCUUCCAUGAAUCGUUGAAUUUGCGUCCCUGAGUUUGGACGCCAAUAUUGAGACGCCAUGGCUUUCUCAUCGUCGGUGUUGAACGGCGAGAGGGCCGUCGUUGUCCUCUUCAUCGGUCGCGUAUUGUACUCUCUCCCUCUCUCUUUCCUCGUCCAUGGCCUCAUGCUCUCCCUUCUCGCCGCCUUCGCCCUCUACGUCGAGGUCCGCGUCGAGAGCUCCAACUCCCCCUCCAUAUUUAGGACCAGGCCAGGAGUUUCAUCAGGGAUUCUGCUGGGAGCAGUCACAGUACCCACUGUUAUGCUGUCAAAGUUGAUCCAGCUGUCAAGAGCAUUCUCACUACAUCAGGUUGAACUUGGAGAACUCUAUUAUAUGACAAUUCAGUACUGGGCCACAUCUGCUAGCUGCUUUAGUGUGCUUGUCUUUAUCUGCUUAUUCAUACUGAGGUCACCGGAAACAACACAUGCCCCUUUUCCACGCAACGAUAGGGAUGCAAAGUUCAGCUCAAGGUGGAUUGCUUUAUGUGCUGCAGCGUGCUGUAUGUCCCUUGCAUUAUUGUUGCUUGGUGGUUUGUCAGCAUCACUUAAGUUCCUAUGGGUGCUCUGUCAUGGAUUGGCAGCAAUAGCGCUUGUUCGUCAUUUUCUUACAACUUUCCCAUCAUGUGUUUCCAUUGGGGAAGCACUUUUGGUGACUACGGGUCUUGUUCUCUAUUUUGGUGACAUGUUGACUUGUACUGCUACUGCAGCAAAGUUUUAUGGAUACCUGCCUUUGUCGAUGGUUCCUCUACAGAACGUAGUGAAGAGAACCGAAAUUGCUAUUAUUAAUCAGGGGCUUCUGCUUGCGCUUCUCCUCUUUCCAAUUGUAUUUAAGUAUCUUCUUCGUAUAAAGGAUUGGUAUUUAAGCUUGGCAAACUCUGAAGCAAGAAGGGAUGGUGAAAUUGCAAAAUCUCUUCUAUUCUUCAGCUCUCUUGGAUUUAUGUUGAUUAUGAUUGCACCAUCUUGGAUACAAUUUGUUGAAGACUUUCACUUGCAUCCUUUUCUAUGGGUGAUAUCAUUUGUCUUUUCGGAACCGUUUAAAAGGCUAUCAUUGUGUUUUUACUGGGUAUCUGUAAUAUAUGUCUCUGUGUUGAGGUUCUAUAACAUAUCCAAGAAUAGUAAGAUUGAGAGGAUUCUUCUGCGGAAAUAUUACCAUCUGAUGGCAGUUUCAAUGUUUCUUCCUGCUCUAAUCUUUCAGCCAGAGUUUCUUGAUCUAGCAUUUGGUGCAGCAUUGGCUGUUUUCUUGGGAUUAGAAAUCAUUCGGGUAUGGAGAAUUUGGCCUUUGGGAAAACUUAUACAUGAAUUUAUGAACGCUUUCACAGACCAUCGUGAUUCUGAUCUCCUUAUUAUCAGCCAUUUUUCUUUGCUGUUGGGAUGUGCACUUCCCAUUUGGAUGUCUGCUGGGUAUAAUGAUCGGCCGCUUGCACCUUUUGCUGGAAUUUUGAGCCUUGGAAUUGGAGAUACAAUGGUGAGGGAGGCAUCGGUCGUCGGUUACAAGUAUGGUGUCCUUAGAUGGAGCAAAACUGGAAAAAAAACCAUUGAAGGCACUGCGGCUGGCAUAACCUCUGUCCUAGCUGCUUGCUCCAUUUUGCUUCCACUUCUAGCAUCCACUGGAUAUAUUCUUAGCCAGCAUUGGUUCUCUCUCUUGCUUGCUGUGACCGUGAGUGGUUUGUUGGAGGCCUACACUGCACAACUUGAUAAUGCUUUCAUACCUCUCGUUUUCUAUAGCCUUCUUUGUUUGUAAAUGCUUCUUCAACCUACACAGUUAAAAUGCAAGAAUAGGCAAUAAUGAAAUCCUUCGAUUAGAAAUGCCAUAACAACGUGCUUCCUGCUUCCUUUGUUAGGGAAUAUGAACAGCCCGUGUAAUAUAUUUUAGAUCGGAUGUAGCUUUCUUCAGAGGUGUAGCACCAAAGCUUUUUGUUAGGGAAUAGUUUAGGGUUUAGAGAACCUGAUCCUGUUGUUGUCUGAGCAAAUGUUUGGAAUGGUUUAGAGAACCUGCUCCUGUUGUUGUCUGAACAAAAGUUUGUUUACUCAAGUUUCCAUGGAAAAUUCCUACGGGAAAAGAAAAGGUUACCAAGGAAAUUGUUGGGAUGAGAAUUUUUUUUGAGUAGAGGCCAAAUAAUUGGGUGAAGAGUUGUUCAUUUUAUACCAUUAUGUUUCCGUACGCGCACACAUUGGUUUUGGAGUUGCCUUUUAAAGUUUGUAAGAGUUUUAAUCUU